UAUACAAAACCUAUAGAGGCGGAUGAGAAGCCCAAUGGUGCAAUAUCUACAAAGAAUGAAAAGCCAAAGAAAAAGAAAAUGUCGGACGAAGAGAUCUUAGAAAAAUUACGAACAAUUGUCACUAUAGGAGACCCCAAUAGAAAGUACACGAAGAUGGAAAAAAUAGGUCAAGGAGCUUCUGGAACUGUGUUUAUAGCUGUCGAGGUAGCCACAGGUCGAGAAAUUGCCAUCAAAACCAUGAAUCUGUCACAACAGCCAAAGAAAGAGCUAAUUAUAAAUGAAAUUCUAGUCAUGAGGGAAAAUCAGAAUCCAAAUAUUGUAAACUAUCUGGACAGCUACCUGGUUGGAGAGGAACUAUGG